AUGAGCUCCCCGUCAAUCACCUCAGAGCCAAAGGCCUCGGUCACAAAGAUGAAUUCCAAAACCAGUGACAAGACUGAAGUUGUCAAUGGGGAAAUAUUACACACUCCCGAACAUUUGCAACGACAUCUUACUCCCCGACAAGUCCAAUUCGUAGCUAUCGGUGGCUCUAUUGGGACUGCCCUAUUUGUGAGUAUCGGGUACGGGCUCAUGCGAGGAGCGGCAAGUCUACUCAUUGCAUUCGUGCUCCACGCCUUGGUUAUUGCCCAAGUCAACAACUCACUUGCGGAGAUGACCGUCUUCAUGCCCAUAAGCGCUGCAUUUAUUCAUCACGCCAGUGCCUGGGUUGAUGAUGCUUGGGGUUUCAUGAUCGGGUGGAACUUCUUCCUGUUCGAAGCGCUUCUCAUACCGUUUGAGAUCACCGCUUUGGACAUGGUCUUGACCUUUUGGAGAGAUGACAUCCCUUCAGCUGCGGUUAUUACCGUUUGCAUUGUGCUCUACGCCCUUUGCAAUGCACUCAUGGUCAAGUACUUUGGUGAAACAGAGUUUUGGCUCGCAGGGGGUAAACUUCUCCUCAUUGGAAUACUGUUCUUCUUCACCUUCAUCACUAUGGUUGGAGGUAAUCCGCAGCGUGAUGCAUACGGAUUCCGUAAUUGGUCCAAGCCUGGUCCUUUUGUUGAGUACAUUGACGAUAGCGACUUGGGCCGCUUCCAUGGGUUUCUCGCCGCACUAUGGCAAGCCGCUUUCACCAUUGUCGGCCCUGAAUACCUGGCCACCGUUGCUGGCGAAGCGCAGCGGCCGCGAUCAACCAUGAAAGCAGCCUUCAAAUCCGUGUACUGGCGAUUCGGGCUCUUUUUCAUUGGCGGCGCGUUGUGUGUUGGCAUUAUCUUGCCGGCCAACGAUCCGACGCUCCUGAGUGUCCUGAGCUCGGGCGAGACGGGCACCGGAGCCGCCUCACCUUUCGUCAUUGCCAUGAAGAACAUGAACGUUGGGGUGCUACCUCAUUUAGUCAACGCUCUACUGUUGACGAGUAUCUAUUCGGCCGGCAACGCCUACGUAUACUGCUCUUCUCGCAGUCUUUAUGGGUUAGCAUUGAAUGGCCACGCUCCGAGGUUUCUUACAAAAUGCACCAAGCAAGGUGUUCCCAUCUACUGCCUGUUUGUUGCACUCGCCUUUGCUUGUCUCUCAUUUCUAAAGUUGGGCAGUGGCUCCGUGAAGGUUUUGACUUGGCUCACAAAUCUCAUCACUGGCGGGACUCUGGUGACCUACAUCGUCAUUUGCAUCAACUAUCUCUUCUUCUACCGAGCUUUGAAAGCCCAGAACUUCAACAGAUCCGAUCUCCCCUACCGCGGAUAUCUCCAGCCUUACGGCACUUGGGUUGCUUUGGUCUGGCUUAUGGCGGUGGAGAUCUUCUAUGGGUAUGCCAUCUUCUUGCGGGGCCGGUGGGAUAGUGGCAUCUUCUUCAGUAAUUACACCAUGGGCUUUCUCGCGAUCUGUCUGUUCUGCGGCUGGAAGAUACUCAAGCGCACUCAGUUCGUCAGGCCCGAGCACGCCGAUCUGGUUUGGAUCCGCCCGGCAGUCGACGAACACGAGGCGGCGAUGGCGGGUAACGAGAAUGAGGUCGGGCUCCGCAGACGCCUAGCGCAAUUGGUGAGGGUCGACAUGAAACUCAGUCGGGCGUCCCGGAGUCCUCGGGUUUAG